AAGAACCUAGAAAAUAAAGUGUCGUGUCAUACGAAAUUGUCCCAGGAAUUUAUUGCAAAGGUACGGAUGGAUAUGGCCGCACUAUCGGAUGACGAACGGGACUUGGUGUUAGUUGGCAUGAUAAGCAGCUUAUCCACCUUCAGUGAAGAAACGCAAAGGCCAAGACAAAAGGUGAACACGAAAAGAAAACACCAAUGGACAAGGUACAUGCUACAAGGAGUUCGAGUAUGCCGUUCCACGUUUAUAUUUGUGCACAAAAGCUUGAAUACACUCGAUUCCAAUAUCAAGUGGUAUAAAGAAAAUGGAAUUUCAAUUCGCAAGAAGAAGAGGGGCGGUAGGCACAAGACGAACAAGCGUUACCUGACUUAUGAUGACAUCCAAAAGGUUGUGCAAUUCCUAUCAAAUUUUGCUGAGGCAAAUAACAUAAUACUUCCAGGCCGUCAUCCCUGCCAAAAGAACCUCUUCGAAGUUAAGCUGCUGCCAUCCCAUGUGACGAAAGCUGAGGUAUAUCGGUUGUACAGGACAGCUAUGAGAGAGACUGGCUUGCGCAGUGUGAAACUUAGCACAUUCCGCAAGCUUUGGAAGGAACUGCUACCUAAGAUUAUUCGGACAAAACCCAUGACUGAUUUGUGUGCAGUGUGUCAAAGUAAUAACUAUGCUGUUUUCCGCAGUGCCAACCUUAGUGAGGCAGACAAGUCAGAUAGGCUCCGGCAGCAAGAAGUACAUCUAGUUACUGUUUCAAAAGCCAGGGAGUACUACAAGGGCAUGGUUAGUAAUGCAAAACUAAUCUGUAAUGAGCUUGGCGUUGUGAAACUACAAAAGUCUCCACCAGUGUCACGUGCAAUCAACAUGCAUUACAGUUUUGAUUAUGUGCAACAAGUUAUGUUUCCCAAUGACCCCCUACAACCUGGCCCUAUGUAUUUUCUCGUGCCGAGAAAAUGUUGUGUAUUUGGGAUAUGUUGCGAAGCACUGCCACAACAGAUUAACUACCUUGUUGACAAGGGUAUGAAUAUUUCAAAGGGGUCCCAGUCUGUCAUAAAUUACUUGGACUAUUUUUUCCUCAAUUAUGGGCUUGGGGAAUACUAUGCUGACCUCCACUGUGACAACUGUUGUAGCCAGAAUAAAAAUCGUCAUGUUCUGAACUACCUCGCCUGGAGGACCAUUCAUAAACUCCACUUUAAGAUCUCCCUAAUUUUUUUAAUAACAGGCCACACUAAAUUUGCCCCAGACUGGUGCUUUGGCUUGUUCAAACAACGUUUCAGGAGGACCCGAGUCAACACUUUGGAUGACAUAGCCAAUGUUGUCAGCCAAAGCACUGUGUCUGGAGUGAAUAUCCCUCAACUAGCAGGAAAAGAGGAUGGUUCAAUCAUUGUGCCCUGCAAGGUUGCAAAAUUUUCUUGAUCCAUACUUCCGAUCAUUCCCUAAGAUCAAGUCUUACCAACAUUUUGAAUUAAAUUCAAACCAUCCUGGUGUUGUUGUAGCUCGGGUUGAGCAUGAUUCCGUAGAAUCGGUUUCUUUCCAGCUAUUGAGAGAUCCAGAAAAUGUUCCUCCUGCAAUAUGCUCCUUGACAAUUAAGCCUCCUGGGUUGGAUCUUACUAGGCAAGCUUAUCUGUUUGAUAGCAUAAGACCAUACGUUGAUGACUUCGCUCAAUAUGUUGUUUGUCCACAGCCUAAGAAAAAUCGUAAAACCUAGGUACUACCUUGUCCACAGGUGUGAAUUUUUGAGUACACUGCAGGUGUGGAACUAAACGCAAGCAGUUUUUGCUAUUGUUUCAAGUGAAGAAUCUAUUCAUGCUUGAACAGUUUUUAUCUAACUCUUGAUGAUAAUGGUACUGCUGGGCAAUACUGUCAGCGUUAUUUUGUAUAAGGUUUGUUAAUGUUAAUGUUUUGUAAUACCAAAAUACCUCCAUGUAAUAAGGAAUUCAUGCUAGUAACCCCCUCCCUUUCCCAAUAUCACUGAAUAUGCCAUCCCCCCUGGUGUAGUAGAACACAGGGAGGGGGGGGCAUUGGGAAGGCUGGGGCCCCCUGUCAAUGACCCCCCCUCCCCGUGUAGUAGAACACAAGGAGGAUAUUGGUAAGGGGAGAGUGUUGGU